CGCAUGCGUAGAGGUCGUCACUGAUUUUUCAAAUUGGACGGCGGGUGCUGGUUGUAGCCUUCGGGAUAAAAAGAAGCACGAAGUUUAUUUAAAAAAAAAUCGAGCGUCAUUUCCCGAGAUGACGAGCACUUUAAAAGGAAUUACCCUUAAAGGAAGCGCGGAGCUGGUGGCCGAGUUUUUCUCCUUCGGCAUCAACAGCAUCCUGUACCAGCGGGGCAUUUACCCCCCGGAGACUUUCACCAGAGUCACUCACUAUGACAUGAGCCUGCAGGUCACCACGGAGCCCAAGCUGAACAACUACCUGACCAACGUGGUGUCCCAGCUCAAAGAGUGGCUGUUUGAGUGCAGUGUGCAGAAGCUGGUGCUGGUCAUCACCUGCCUCGAGACCAACGAGGUGCUGGAGAGAUGGCAGUUCGACAUCGAGUGUGACAAGUCGGCUAAAGAGAGCAGUGCUCCCAGAGAGAAGUCGAUCAAGACCAUUCAGGAUGAGAUCCGCUCUGUCAUCAGACAGAUCACAGCUACCGUCACUUUCCUGCCUCUGCUGGAGACGCAGUGCUCGUUUGACCUCCUGGUGUACACGGACAAAGAUUUGGUGGUUCCUGAGAAGUGGGAGGAGUCAGGGCCGCAGAUAAUCGACCAAUCAGAGGAGGUGCGCUUGCGCUCCUUCACCACCUCCAUCCACAAAGUGAGCAGCAUGGUAGCAUACAAGAGGACCGACUCAGCUUGAACCAGCUGAUCUGCAGUGCUGUUCUCUCUCUGCACAUGAGGAACUCCUCUUCAUUUCCUGACUUUAUUUGUGUGUUAGACGAUGAGACAAACGUGUGCAUAAAUGUUUCUGUUAGACAUUUGUCUGUCCUCUCUGUGUUUCUCUGAUCUGUCUCUCCUUCAGAAGAUGAAUUCCCUCUUUCAGAUUAACAUUAAAAUUGUUUCUCAAA